AUGGCGAGACACCGCGUCAGCGCCCCGGCGCAGCAGCCAGUCCUCAAGGGAACUUUUUAUGAUCCGGUGCCGAUUGAAUACGCCGUGGGAAAUCAGUGUCACAAAACUGAGCCAACUGGGCAUUCAGACAUGGCGAGCGACGGCAAGACAAACGAGCAGAAUCCGUCAAUCGCAAGGAGCAUGUCUCGGUACCGUCGCAACCGGCGCCCUACCACCAGUGGCGGUUCCUCGACGCCAACACCCGCAGUCCCAGAUCACCAUCACAACCAGCCUGUUCCACCGGUCCCUGAUAUGAGCUCGCAAACACCGACGGCGGAAGAUAUUGCGAGGGAACAGCAUAGGCUAGACGCGAUGGCGCAGUUGACUGGCGGAGAUCAACUACCACGUCCAACCACCUCGCGAUAUGGAAAACAGGAAAAGCAACUGCAGCCAAGGACCAAAGCGCAACAGGUGCCAACGCACCAACAGACUAGCCGAGUCGACACCCGCAGUCACCACGAUGCACGUCCCACAAGCGGCGACCACCGCAAGUCCUUGCUACAGAAGAUGAAAUUGUCCAAGAGCAGCAAGACACCCCUCACAAAUGAGCCUGUGCCAAGAUACAUCGGAGUGGUCUCGGCUGUCAACGCCGGAGAGCGCCAAGUGCUUGUUCAGUAUAGUGACGUUUCGAACCAUCUAGUGGUGACACCAUCUACACGGGUCACUGAUCUUCUCCAGACCGCUGUUCGCGAGCUCUCUCGCGAUAUCGACCCUGAGAAAUUCAUCUGCAUGGAGUCCUUUCAUCAAGUUGGAUUGGAACGAUCUUUGCGUCGGUAUGAGCGUGUGCGGGAUAUCAUGAACUCAUGGGCUCAUGAUGCUGACAAUCGGCUUGUGAUUGUCCCCCCUUCAAGCAUGGAAGCUCUCGCCCAACUCGAGUCCCACCAAGUCCCUGCCGAAAAGCCUGCCGAAACGACUGUAUACCUCUACCAUUCCCAGCGCCCCGGCAAAUGGGAUAAGCGUUAUGUGACGUUACGACCCGAUGGCCAAGUGGUCAUCGCCAAAAAGGAAAACUCGAAAGACUCCACCAGCAUCUGUCAUUUGUCCGACUUUGACAUCUACUGUCCCAGUGCACGCGCGAUGGCCAAAGAGAUCAAGCCGCCUAAGAAGAUCUGCUUCGCGAUCAAAAGCCAACAGAAAUCUUCAAUGUUCCUUUCAACUGAGAAGUUUCUGCAUUUCUUCAGCAGCAAUGAUCGCGCUACUGCCGACAAGUGGUUUAAAGUUGUCCAGCGUUGGCGAAGUUGGUACUUAGUGAAUCAGCUAGGUGCCGCGGAACAGACCGAAAGCGAGGCACCUUUGCCAAAGCGAUCCCUUACUCAGAAAGGAUCCCAAAGGCACCGAAAGGCGGCUAAUGAUGUGCCGGUACCAUUGUUAGAUCUCACUGACCCCGAGCCAACAAGGCUCGCCGGAAACUCCAUCGAUCGCCCCCGGCCAUCGAUCUCGAAGGACGUCGUCUCUCGCAAGAAAACGGUGCGCGAGCAGGCACCACCGCCACCGCAAUUCCCCCAGACGCUAUCACUCGAUACUGGUGUCGCUGGACAAGAAGACGACGGCCCACUUGUGCAGGGAGUACGACCUGACGAAGUGGAAGCAGCCACUUUCUCGCCCACUGGCUUGUUAGGUCGCUCGUAUACCCAGCGGAAACAAGCGAUGAAUGAGCGUGAUGAACGCGAAAAGCGAGCGAAUCAAGAGCUAUUUGCGGCCCAAUCCUUUAUAACCGAAAACUACAACUACCCUCCCCCGGAUACGACUCAUCAGCAGAGCGGCCGUACUGCCACAAUGACAAGCACGGCACCACCAGGCCUCAGCCGAAACAAGUCUGUCAACCAGAAACAACAACAGAAACCUUUAAUCGACUUGACCCCAGUCUUCCAAGAGCCCCCGCAACACACACGGAAGGGUCGCGGCGUCAAGGUGGGCGCAGGCACACAAUUGAUCGACGCUGCCACGGGCCCCGAAUUGGCCGUAGGCACCGUGAAUAUCCCACCUGCAACAGCCUGGCGUCGUCCCACGAACGACGUACCCACACAAAGCCGAUACCGCUCGAACACUGCCCGCAGUAUCCGCCACGCCACUGAGCCAAAACCAUCUAGUUCCGGCUCCGGACACGCCAGUCCAGCCUCACCAAGCAGCCCAUUCGUAUCGAAUACCUUGCUCGCUAAUUCCGUCUCUCGUCAAGCGAGCAAUCCCCACACAAAACCUUAUACUGGCCACGGUGUUGCAACCGGAGACCGAAACGCCACUCGCCCAAUGCUCGACAUGUCACCAAAAAACCCCUUCGCGGAGGGCAGUCUCCUGCGUCAGCUUUGA